UUGAGAGAGGCUGGUCUGAAAGUGAAAACAGCAGCAGUUCCAGUCUCCCUCUAACAGCAGUGCCAGCGAGAGGAACAGUACAGGCAUUUCUCUGUGUGGAUUACGGGACUGCAGAACAGGGAGGAUCCGCGCAGACACACGGCUACUACAAUACUACCAUCUCUGCAGUCAAAGCAGCCAAAGAGGGGCUCUUCCUACACAGUGAGGACCUGAACUGAACAGAGACCUACAGAGAGAGAGAGAGGAGUGAGUCAGAAACAUCUCAGAUCAUCCAGAACAUGAUUAGAAGAUAGCACGAUACACCAUGAUCAUGGCCCCCCGGAAGAGGAAUCGUCAUGCCUUGGGGUUUCUUUGUUGUUUUGGAGGCAGCGACCUCCCUGAAAUCAACCUCAAGGACAAUAAUCCCCUCCAAUUCCUUGAGUUUUCUGUCCCAAUCCCACCAGCAGAAGAGCUCAAUGCCAGAUUCGCUGAACUUGUGGAUGAAUUGGAUCUCACAGACAAGAACAGAGAGGCUAUGUUUGCACUCCCUCCAGAGAAGAAAUGGCAGAUUUACUGCAGCAAAAAGAAGGAACAAGAAGAUCCUAAUAAGCUUGCUACCAGCUGGCCCGACUACUACAUUGACCGCAUCAAUUCCAUGGCAGCAAUGCAGACUCUGUAUGCUUUCGAUGAAGAAGAAACAGAAAUGAAAAAUAAAAUAGUUGAAGACUUGAAGACAGCUCUGCGGACGCAGCCCAUGAGGUUUGUGACCAGGUUUAUUGAGCUGGAUGGCCUGAGCUGUUUGCUGAACUUCCUGAAGAGCAUGGACUAUGAGACCUCGGAGAGUCGCAUCCACACAUCCGUUAUAGGGUGUAUCAAGGCACUGAUGAACAACUCCCAGGGACGGGCUCACGUCCUGGCCCAUCCUGAAAGUAUCAACAUCAUAUCCCAGAGCUUGCGGACUGAGAACAUUAAGACCAAGAUUGCUGUGCUGGAGAUCCUAGGGGCUGUCUGCUUGGUACCAGAUGGUCACAAAAAAGUCUUGCAAGCCAUGCUCCACUACCAAGUCUAUGCUGCAGAAAGGACAAGAUUCCAGUCGCUGUUAAAUGAGCUGGACCGAAGCAUGGGGCGAUACCGAGAUGAAGUAAACCUCAAAACAGCCAUCAUGUCCUUUAUCAAUGCUGUUCUGAAUGCAGGUGCUGGUGAGGACAAUUUGGAGUUCCGAUUGCACCUCCGAUAUGAGUUUCUAAUGCUGGGAAUUCAACCCGUCAUUGACAAGCUCAGAGGACACGAGAAUGCCACACUGGACAGACAUUUAGAUUUCUUUGAGAUGGUCAGAAAUGAAGAUGACCUGGAGCUUGCCAAGCGGUUUGACCUGAUCCACAUUGAUACAAAAAGUGCCUCUCAGAUGUUUGAGUUGAUCAAGAAGAGAUUGAAGCACACAGACGCCUAUCCCUAUUUGUUAUCCAUCCUCCAGCACUGCUUGCAGAUGCCAUAUAAGAGGAAUGGAGGAAACUUCCAGCAGUGGCAGCUGUUGGACAGAAUACUCCAACAAAUUGUUCUACAGGAUGAACGAGGAGAUGAUCCAGAUAUAGCUCCAUUGGAAAACUUCAAUGUCAAAAAUAUCAUUAAAAUGCUGGUGAAUGAAAAUGAGGUCAAGCAGUGGAGGGAUCAGGCAGAGAAGUUCCGGAAAGACCAUGCAGAGCUGAUGAGCCGGCUAGAAAAGAAGGAGAGGGAAUGUGAAACAAAAACCCAGGAGAAGGAUGAAAUGAUGAAGACCCUGAACAAAAUGAAGGACAAGCUGCAGAAGGAAUCCUUGGAGCUGCGCCAGACCCGAGACCAGAUGAAUGAUCUGGUGGCUCAGCUUAAUGAGUUCUCGCAAGGGGGCAGCAUUUCCUUCCCACCCCCACCACCCCCUCCUCCAGGUGGCCCAUUAGCUUUGUCCUCUUCUCAUAUGUCUGAGAAUUUGCCACCACUGCCACCUCCUCUGCCUUUCUCCAGCUGUCCCCCACCUCCUGCUCCACCACCUCCACCAGGAGGACCUCCUCCUCCACCAGGAGCACCACCUUUCUUCAGCAUGGGGGUGCCACCCCCUUCCACAACCACCUUCAGCACCAGUGGCCCCAGUCUGAAGAAGAAAUCUAUCCCACAGCCUUCACAUCCACUGAAAUCCUUCAACUGGGCUAAGCUGAGUGAGGAGAGGAUCCAUGGCACAAUCUGGAAUGAGAUUGAUGAUUUAAAGGCAUUCAAGGUGCUGGAUCUAGAAGAUUUUGAAAAGAUGUUCUCUGCAUAUCAGAGGCACCAGGACCUGCUAACUAACCCCUCCUCCUGUAAGCAGAAAGAGAUGGGCUCAACAGAAGACCUCUACCUCUCCACACGAAAGGUGAAAGAGCUCUCUGUGAUUGAUGGCCGGAGGGCCCAGAAUUGUGUCAUUCUCCUUUCCAAGUUGAAGCUGUCUAAUGAAGAAAUCAGACAAGCAAUCUUGAAGAUGGAUGAGCAAGAAGACCUAGCGAAAGAUAUGCUUGAGCAGCUACUGAAGUUUGUUCCUGAAAAGAGCGAUACUGACCUGUUGGAGGAGCACAAACACGAAAUCGAGCGCAUGGCCCGGGCGGAUCGUUUCCUCUUCGAAAUGAGCAGGAUUGACCACUACCAGCAGCGGCUGCAAGCAUUAUUCUUUAAGAAGAAGUUUCCAGAGAGGCUGGCAGAAGCAAAACCAAAAGUGGAAGCCAUUCUUCUGGCAUCCAAAGAACUCAUCCGAAGCAAGCGUUUGAGGCAACUCCUGGAGGUAGUUCUUGCCUUUGGGAAUUACAUGAACAAGGGCCAAAGGGGAAGCGCUUAUGGCUUCAAAGUCUCCAGCCUGAACAAAAUUGCGGACACCAAAUCCAGCAUAGACAGGAACAUUACACUCUUGCACUACCUAAUUAUGAUCUUUGAAAAGAAUUAUCCAGAUAUCCUAGAUAUCCAGUCUGAGUUGCAGCACCUUCCAGAAGCAGCAAAAGUCAACCUGGUAGAGCUGGAGAAGGAAGUCAACAACAUAAAGACUGGAUUGAAAGCUGUUGAAACUGAGCUGGAUUAUCAGAAGAGACGCAUGCGAGAAUCAGGGGACAGGUUUGUUCCUGUGAUGAGUGAUUUCAUCACUGUGGCCAGUUUCAGCUUCUCAGAGUUAGAAGACCUUCUCAACGAGGCUAGAGACAAGUAUGCCAAGGCACUGAAGCAUUUUGGAGAGACCGAGGGCAAGAUGCAGCCAGAUGAAUUUUUUGGCAUCUUCGACACUUUCUUACAGUCAUUUGGAGAGGCCAAGCAAGAUCUGGAGAAUAUGAGGAAGAAAAAGGAAGAGGAGGAGCGCAGGGCACGAAUGGAGGCCAUGCUAAAAGAACAGAGGGAGAAAGAGAGGCGACAAAAGAAAGCAAAAGCUGGAAGCAUCUCUGAAGAGAGUGGGGAGUUUGAUGACCUGGUGUCAGCAUUAAGGUCAGGUGAAGUCUUUGACAAAGACUUAUCCAAGCUCAAGCGUAACCGCAAGCGUUCGGGGAACCAAGGCUUAGAGACGAGCCGUGAGCGGGUGGUGACAAAGCUAAAUUAUUAACUACAAGAGGAAGAGAAAUAAUCAACCAAAAGAAGGUGUUGAAAAAGUGCAAAGCAAGGAAGAUGAAUGUGUGUGAUGGCGCCUGGCUGACAGCUGCCCCAAAGGCUUUGGUCUGUACCUAGAGACGUUACCUUUCCGUGAUCAGCUUUCCUCUCACCCCUCUUCUGUGCUCCUAACUUGAACCAUUAUAAAAGUGCCUCUGUGGAUCCAGCAGAGCCUGUGACUGGGCCAUGCAGAGCUGACAGAUCUGCUUCUGGGAGUUUGUUGUGUCAUCAAAGGCCUCAUGGUGAUGACAGAAAGUACUUGCGCCUUGCAGACAGCCUCACAGCUGGAACAAGAUAAUUUUCUGUGUGCCAAAGUAAAAACUAGUCAUGAUCUCCAUCUUGCUGAUAACAAGGAAGACUAAUUUCAGACCAACUCUGUAAACAACUAUCACUUCUUCAGGAUCUAGACUGGCCUUCAGGGGUUUGUUGAGAUGUGGUUCUCAAGUUUCCAAUUCCCUUCUAGAACUGGAUUUUAUAAGCCAUUGAUUAGCACCUGAAAAAAGCAUUUUAGCUCAUGUCCUGUAUGGUAUUUUUGUGUGGCCUACACUGUCCAAAGCAAGUGAAGCUUAGAAAGAAGUCUUCAGUUUCUGUAACAAAAUGAAAAUCAAGAAUCAGGAUCAAGAUACAAUAAUUUGAAGAAGUCUUUUGGAUUCUGCUUUGCUAGAAUGAGUUUUCUGGAAUUUCUUGGUGGUUGAGUCUCCAGGCUAUGAAAUGGAUCUUCUUGGAAAGAAACUCUGGCUUUCCUUUAGAAAACUAAGCCACUGCCAGGUUGGGAUUACAAGUAGAUGACUGUAGAGUCUGUUGUCAUUGCUGGAGGCUGGCAGAGAAUCAGUGGAAAAUUUCUUAUCUUUUUGUGCAAGAUUGGAAAUUGGGAGCUCCCUAGUAUCAUUCACAGGUCUCCAGUAGCAAACAGUGAACAGGUCCACUGCCUGCCGGAAGUGAGAUUUCUUUUCCACUUGAUGCUAGCUGUGAUUGUUGUUGGCAUGAACUGAUCUUUCUGUCUAACAGCCUGGCCACCACUGUACACACUCCACUCCUGCCGAGGGGAACCACGUCAUUAGAAAAGUAUGAAUGGUGUAAAAAGGAGAGCCUUGGAGCACACCGACUUUUUCAUUUUGAAGAAAUCACUUGGGGUGAACCAUGGGACAGCUCCAUAAUUAAAACUGAGAAUUUUUCGAGGAGGACACAGAAUUGUGUAAGCCAGUCAGGCUUUGGAGUUGACUUAAUUCAGAAGAAACAAAUACAUUUGUAGUUAAGUUACAUGAAUUAAAUAUAUAAGCAGAAAAGCAAAGUACCCAAGAAGAGGCUCGAAUUCUGUGUGUCUUCAUGGUUCUAGGAAAGGAAUUGGAUUGUGUGGGCUGUCAUGGCCUUUUUUUUCACCUUUUUUUUCAAACUUGUCUUCUUUUUUUAUUAUCUUCCCUGGGGAUGGAAAAGAGGAAAAGAAAAAAUGGUGAUGGAUUCUUCCUCCUAGACAGGAAGAAAAGAGAGAACAUUUGAGAAGAGGGACCCACCAUCUACAAAUUGCUGCAUUAGUCGAUAGCACAAAAUGUCAAGGAAUCCCAGGGAAGUUUAAUCAUUUGGUUUGAUUUUUCUCUGAAUGUCACUUAACCUCAGGCUCUGCACUGAGUCUGCAGAACAGAACUUCCUCUGCAAUGCACGCUGCCUGAUCAGUAUUACACACUACAGUGUUGGAGAAGCAAACUGUGGUGGUUUUCUGAACACUUGGAGAGUUAAAUAAUUAUGUAAACUAUUAAAAGCAAAAAAGAGAGUUGAGAGAAGAGAAGCAAAAAAGUCAGAAUUGUUAAACUCUGAUGUUUCAUUGUUUACUGGAUUUUGAGUCUCCCACCCCAGAAUUUCCCUAUUUAGGACAUUCCAGACUGCCGCGCCUCUGUAUAAUACUCAUCGUAAAGAGCUGGUAUCUUACAAGAGCUGGGUGCAUUCUCCUCCCUUACUAUCCCACUCCCCUUCUGGGAUUAGCUAUUAACAGCAAUGCCUAUUGCAGUGGACACAAGCACCUUGUAGAAGAAAGACUAUUUCAUAAAGGUUUUUGAAAGUUUAAGAAAAAAAAUCUCACUUUUUUAAGCAUUUUUAUUUUAAAUUACAAAUGAAUUUUUAGAAAUGUCUCUUGUAAAUUAUAUUAACAAGCUCCUUGCUGCUCCCUGAAGUAGACUUGCUAUAUAUCCCAGCCCUUUUGUUUGUCUUGUUUUAAAGCAUGCCAUGUAACCUAUGCCAUGUAAGCCAUAUGAGAGGUGGUAAUAUGUGCCAAAUUGGUAUACAGUUGAGAUUAGAUUUGAAUAAUCCCUGAAUUCCAAAGAUUAUGCUUUUAGGCAUUAGAACAUUGUAGGGUUUUUUUCCUCCCUCUUUGUUCUCCCUUGGUUUAGGACUCACCCAGAACUUCACGUGUAGUGCCAAGGUCAGUUCUAGUGCAAGAUGAUGUGCAAGUACAGCUGCUUGCCUGCUCCCCAGGUACUUGUUUGAUAAGGCAGACUGUCAGAGUGGCAGCUGCCAGAGAAGAAACACCUCAGGGCAAACCCUUUGAAUAUAAAUACAGCAUUUCCCCUGCCCCAGUAUUUGUCAAACCAGGUUUGUGCUGUGCUGUCUGAAACUGAAGUCACUUUGCCAGGCACAAAUGUAGCAAAAGCAGAGAGAGUGAUAAAUCCUCUGUCCCUUUGUGUACACAGUUCAGCCCUGAUUUUUUAAAGAGGUUGUGCAUGAUGGUACGCAACAACGCUCCAGCCACACUGGGAGUCAAAGAAAGCUGCUAUAGUUUUGCCACCUCUUUAACUCAUACAUUAAUAAUGAGAGAUUGUGCAACUCCUGUAAAUCAGCUGUGGGAUCCUUAAGGGGAUGGACAGAAAUUCAGAGUCAUGCCCUGAUUCAAUGCAGCUCAACUUUCUCAGCACUCCAGUGCCCCAGGCUCCCCAUUUUGAAUCAGCGAUGGUGGCCAAAAGUUUUGUUCAGUGUGCUGGACAGUCCCCCAGGCUCUUGACUCCAUGGUGAAAGUUCAUGAAGAAGGUUUUGGAAAAGCUCAGUUUCACACUGAGGCAAGCAGUGUUUUCAUGCAAGUGGUGACAAGCAGAGUGGCUCAUUAAAUUACCAGUAUGAGAUGAGAUUACCCACACAGAAGAUAAGGAAAAAAUUGGCUCUGCUGUAGGGCAUCAGAUUCUUGCUGAAGUUUGUCUAUGUUCCUCAUCUCUUGGGUACUAUGGGUGCAUAUAAUGCUCCCUUCUUCAGCAGUUAUAGUUGAGUUGCCUGGUGCUGAAGGAAAAAGGAAAAUCUUAUUCCUGGAUAGGUUUAGGAAGAGGUCUGAGGUCUAACAUCACUGAAGAAGCUGGAGAAGAGCUAGGGUCUGCUGUUGUCCUUGCACCUGUGCACAGAACCAGCAUUUUAAGAGAAGUCACUCUGUGGUUGGAAAUAAGUGGAGAAGAAGGAGAUGUGAGGAAAAAAGGCAUAAUUGAGGGCUUGUUCUGCUUCCUGCAGAAAUACAGUAGUUGCUGACUUUAUUAUGAAGUUCCUCACACCUAGAAGAGCUACUUCCAAACUCUCCAGAAUUUAUCCCUAGAGGUCUAGUGCUCACUCACCUCUGCGUGUCUUCACUGUUGCUGUGCAGGUUGCAUGAGAAUGAGCCCAGAAAAGACUGAAGAAGACUCCCUCCCCCUUCCACUUGCUUUGAACUGAGUCACUCUUCUCAGUCUGUUGUGUCUCUAGAAAUGCUACAAGGUCAAGUAACUUCAAGGAGCAAGACUCUUCCAUGCUCUGUAGCACAGCCAUUGUCCAGGCACCAGUUCCCUACGAGAGCAGGACUAGUGUUCAGGGCCGAGAGACUUCCUCACUAGGGAAAAAAACUUGGAUGUCCUUCAGAAGCAUUUCUGUAAUGUGUUCACAAUGUCUGAGGAAGGGAAAGGAAUUGCAAAGGAUCCUGAUGGGAGACUGUGGGGCAGGCGUUUCCAUAAUGAUCAGCCCCACUGGCUAAAUCUUUCCUUUUCUUUAGGAAAGAUCACACUUUGAGCUGGGUUGCACGGGAGAAGCUUGUAUCAGGAGUUUCCGUGAGGGGAAAAGAGAUCUGUUGUACAGUAGAUGAUGUACAUGAUAUAUGCAGUUUUGUUUCUAGGUUGGUUGUUUUGGGUUUUGUUUGUCUGUUUGUUUGGGGGUUAAAUGAUUUAAAAAAAAAAAGGUUUUAGGAAUCUCUAAGGGGAACCUGUAAAUCUGACACCUCUAUUUAUUUUGCCUUAUUUUAGUUUGCUAUGUUUGUAUGUAUGUAUACGCUGCAUUACAGCAAAGACUAUUGAGACCGUGCCAGGGCAUUACACCAGCUGGAGAGCUGGCUUGGCUCCUGUGCCAGCUGAGCCAGGCCAGGGGAUGCAGGUGAGCAGUCUUGGUUUGGGAAGGGAGGGAGGAAAAAAACCCCUUUGCCUUUUGUCAUAAUUCCUCUGCCCCUGGUGAUCCUGGUUCUAGGAAAGCUCUCAUUUUGAAGCUUGUGUUGAUCUAAAGGAGACUGGGUAUUUUAGACCACUUUCUACAAAAUAUGUUUUUUUUAAUCAUGCGUCAUGGUGAGAAGAUUGAAAAGAGUUAGGGUGCAUAGUUGCAUGCCCAAACUUCACUCUUCCACACAAAUUUGGUCCAUAAUUCCAGAGAAGCUUGACUAGAUGGCCAGAAGUGGUUCAUGGCCUGUAAUUUCUCAUCAGAUUUAACACACUAGUGAGAAAGAUUGGGACAGUUCUCCUUCCCCAGAGCUAAUAUUCCUCCCUAUCUUUAUGGCCAAAGAAUUAUUUCAUCUACUUUACCUCUUUCCUCCUCCAGCCCACCUCCCCAGGUUACCUCAGGUAAGGAAAAUCUUUCUACUGAUUGGUUUGUAACCCAUGGAGUCUCUGGCAGUCAGAAGGUGUUUAGCCAUGGCUCCUUGGCUUCUGUGCUUGACACAGGAGGUUUCUGAUUGCCUGCCAUGCAAAGAUGUAGUCUCCAUUGGCCAUCCUUGGUUCUCUUAUAAAGGUAGAAGGGGCCAACCUGGAUAACACAAUUUGGCCAACUGAAAAUAUAGAAUUUAUAUAUUUAUUUACAUAAUGCAGUAAAAAGCUAUCUACUAAUCUAAGUAGUAGUUGUGAUGACCAGUAUUCUCUGAAGCUGGCCAGAUUUGCUCACUGUGCCUGCUGAGAAGGAUGCUAGUCUAGUUUGGUGUUUUGGAAACUCACUUAAUGAAAGAGUCUGGAUGGUUCCAAACCAGAGUCUUCUGUUAUGGGUAGUAAUGUAGAAUUGAUCCACAGUAACUGGUUCAUGUUUCUCUGGUUUUACAUCAGCAUAAUUAAAAGUAAGGUCUGGACUAAAACUCUCCUUUAGGCAGUUUUGUAAGAAAGUAAGAUAUUCUACCACAGCUCAUGUAGGGCAUGGUCCUUUCAGUCUCCCCCACUAGGAGCUUUGAGCCAAGUGAUCUAGAAAAACCUCUCUGACAAGCCAUUUUCCCCCUUCCUGCUUGCAUACAAACAGGCUCUUUAAAGCUCUUUGCGGUUUUUAGAGUUUUGAGGGAAUAUUCGGUACCUGAGCCACUCUGUGCUUAACACCUCCCUUCCAAGUCAUCCCCACCUGCAGCUGUUCUGCUCCCCUGCAAGCCUGCUCAGCUUGAAACUCGCAGGCCACUUUGGGAGGUGGCCCUGCCUGCCAAGCUAGAAAGUACAGUGCUGCUUACUGAAGUGGGAGGUUGUGUGCUGCUGUAAUGCCUUGGCCUAUCCUCAUUUCUUAGUCAGUUUAAGACUAUAGGUGAAUUAAAUGUACAAAUCCUGUAGUGUCCUUUUUAUCUGUAUCUUUUUAUAAGAAUAUACUGUAAUACUAAAAGACAAAAUCAAAAAAAAAUUAAAGAUAUAUUGCCCCCA